AUCCACAGGGCUCACAAUCCCCAGAGGCAAGAGAAGACUGUAGGAAGGUUAUUCAUAUUGCAAAUCACACUGUCUCCGCAGGACCUGCAGGGCUCUGGGAAGACAGAACUCCUUCCUUCUACCUCCCUAACACUAAUUCAGGGUGAUUAAGGCAGCAGACGCACUCUGGAUGGAUUUCAUUGCUGGGGCCAUUGGAGGUGGCCUAAGCACAGCCGUGGGUUAUCCGCUGGACACAGUGAAGGUGAGAAUUCAGACUGAGAAGCAUUACAAAGGGUUUUGGCACUGUGUUCAAGAAACAUACAGGACAGAAAAAAUUUGGGGAUUUUACAAAGGUGUGUCUGCAUCAGUCCUUGCCGUAUCAGCAGUUUCUUCUGUUUCCUUUGGCACAUACAAGAACUUCCUCUGUACAAUCUGCAAGCUGCGAUACGGGGCUGCAGAUGCAAAGCCAUCCAAGCUGGAUGUUUCCCUUGCUGGAGCUGUUGCCGGUGCUGUCCGGGUUGUGUUGACAAACCCUAGUGAAGUGGCUAAAGUUCGGAUGCAGACUCAGAGAAACCCACACCCUUCUGUCACAUCUCAGCCUGUUUCCAAACCAAAGUACCAAGGGUCUCUGCACUGUCUGAAGGUGAUCACCAAGGAGGAAGGUUUUGGGGGUCUCUACAAGGGCUGCUCUGCAUUACUCUGGAGGGAUUGCUCUGCUUCUGCAGUAUAUUUCCUUUCCUAUUCUGCUCUCUGUGACUGGUUCACACCAGAUGGGGAAAAUAAACCAGGUUUCCUCGUUGUGCUGCUUUCUGGGGGUUUUGCUGGAGUCCUGGCCUGGGGAUUAGCUACUCCCAUGGAUGUCAUCAAAUCACGGAUGCAAAUAGAUGAAUCGGACCAGCACAAGUACAAAGGCCUGAUCCACUGUGUUAGGGAAAGUGUGAGAAAGGAGGGUGCAAAAGUGCUUUUCAAAGGACUGGGUUUAAACUGCAUUCGUGCCUUUCCUGUGAACAUGGUAGUGUUUGUAACGUAUGAAGCUGUACUGAGAUUUGCAGAUCGUUAUAUAAGCAAAAAAUAGCUUGUUCUAUUCUUUUCAGAGGUGUAUCUUGUUUGUUAUUCUUUUUUGUAAUACAACAUCCACAAUCAACUGCUGAAUUGAUGGACAGCAUAAGAAGCACGGACAUUUCAGCACAAAGCUGAUGACUGAUGGCUUUGUUUCAUUCCAAUAAGAUUACAAACCCAUCAGGGAGUCUUGGAUUCAUAUACAACCUCCCUUUUAUCUCGUUAAAGUAUUUAGACUGCAGCUGCUGCUUUGGCCCUUGAAACAUUUGGGAAUAUUUAUGUUCUAACGAGCUGCUUGUCUGAUCAGAGGUUUUGGUAAAGCACUUAAUUUUGUUUUCUACUGGCCCAGAAAAUGAUCCUCACGACCAAAGCAAGAGCUGGGGGGAGUUUGUGUAAGAUUUAACACUAUCCAGCCUGCGCUCUUUACAUGUAAUGCCUGCACUGCAUUCACUGAGUGACUUACAUAUUUGUGCUUCAGGCUGUAACUUCUCUUUCCCAGCUGUAAUUUUCUCAGAGUACUCUACAAUUAUAUCCCCUUGGCAGCAGCUGAAAUAUGAAUGUCCUUGCUUUUCCCUGUUGCUAUUUAAUGAGUGGCAGGCAUGGUCUUGUUUACAUAACCAGCUAAUGGCCUCACUGCAGUGACGCCAGGCACGGGUUCCCGGCAGCCACGUGAUUUUCUCCCAGAGCCCUACGCAGCAUCAGGCCUCUCACGGAGGCCUAUGGAACAGCAUCUCUCUGAGCUUGGCACAGCUUUGGAGGCAAUCUGUUCUCAUCCUGCAGGGAGGGUGGGAAUAGAUGCAAAGCCUCUUUGCUUUCUCAAAGGAAAGGCUGCUGUAAAAUCUGCGCACUAGUGGGGUUAGGCAAGUUAAAGGAGAGUUGCAAAGUUGUAGAGCAUAAUUAAGAUUUACAGCUUUCAAAAGUGCAUACUCUUCUCCCUUUAAAUGAUGCUGUUAGGAGCAGCCAAAUGUUAUUUUGUCAAAGGUAUAUUUUGAAAGAAUUUAUUACUUCUUUCUCAUCUUCCUAUUACUUCUUUUUCAUUACUUUUUCCUACUUUUCAUUAACAUGUGAAUUGAAAAAAAGAACACCCAUGUUAUUGCUUCAGAAGGAAAACCCCUAAUCCCAGAAAUACUUUAGUUUGCUCAUCCUGCUUCAGGGGCCACAUACAUGCUUUCUUUCUCUGUUUUAAUCCCUGCAUGAUGACACUUGGAGUGGACUGGAUCCAACCCCUCUCACAUUCAGCUAAAAAUGCGUUUCUUGGAGGGGAAGAGGAGUACUAUAUUUUAAAAGGAGUACUCAUAUUCAGGACCCUUUUGGUCCACAGCCACUUUCACCAGUUGAUGGCAUGGCUUUGACUACACCGACAGUAAUUUUGCAGCAGACUUGACAGCUGCCCUGGACACAGAAAAUGAUCUUGUACUAGAAUGACAAUUUUAAAGAUUUCAGGUGCUACUAGUCAAGAAUAAAGGGGACCUCUUCCACUCCAGACAGAGACCACUAAAAAGGUCCACAACUGUACUCCUGAAAUCUAAGCCUUCAACUGGCCUUUUAAACAUGUUUACAGCCUUGCUAUCAAACAAGCAUCAUAAUUCUUCUCUCAAGUCUACCCAGCUCUUGCAGUUGGUCCAAGAGCAGAGUUAAAAGACCAGGCAGGUGCACAGUAUGUCACCUUAAGGGGGAGUGAAAUUAAAGACCCAGCACUGAACUGGAUUCUCUCCACAGUGCUUAUGGCCCCAGCAACCUACCACCCCUGCUUACAGCUUUGAGUGUCAGCACCAAACUACCUUUAGUCAGAAUGUCCUUACAACUGAAGAUUUAAUUAAGUUCUCAAGGUCUGGAAAUCCUCUUAAGAUACCUCUUAAGAGUCUACUACCCUCACGUUUUUAUACAAGGGACACAUUUAACUGAGUGCUGUCCCUGUCCCAGCUGGGCAGUGAUUUAUCCCAGCUCUGCCUGGAUGUUUGGAAUCAAACUCCUUUAUGCUGCUUUAUUCUCAGCUGACCUUGUUCCAGGCAUUACAUCCCCUGAGCAGAGCUAGUAAAAGAAUGCCUGCAAAACAGACUAAACAACCACUUAUUGUUAGGCAGCACUGAUACCACCCAUGGCCAGCCCCAGGUUUGAAUAUUAACCAGCUCAUCUUUCUUGAUAGGCUCACGCAUUCAAAUGACUAAAAAUGUCUCCUGUCAGUGGAACUGAACAGCUGAUUUUGAGACACGAAUUACAGAUGAGUUGUAAAUAUGAGUGGGAAUAAUUGCGGAAGCCAGUAUGAGGGGCUGAGAACUGUAAGCCUUGGGGCAUUCAGCACCAUAUGUAAGCCAUGUGGCCUGAACAAAUGCUACAUGAGAAGCAAAUUGCAUCUCCAGGCAGCUUAUUUCAGGAAGGUAAGGCCUUUGCAAUCCAUCCUGUUCACAGCCCUUUACUGGGAAAAAUUUGUAUACAAUGCAUGGGUGAAAACCUGCCCUAGAGUAAGAACUCACUCUCAGCUAAUUUACGCUGAUAAAAACACCACCAGGUACAGAAACUGACUGCAAGUGCUGUAAACACAGGCACAUAAAUAUCAACCAAUUUGUGUUUUCUGACAUGACACAUAUUAGGUACUUCACUACACACACACACCAAGUUGGGUCUCUGGCUUCUGGUUUUCAGCACUUGACUGCUUUAUUUUCUGAUUUCUUUGUAUUAUCAUGACCUUUAGCUACUCUAACAAUCACAGAACUAUUUAUUCUGAUAAAUUAGCCAGCUGAAGGCCAGCUAACAGAAAGAAGAUGCCACAUUUGCUGUGCUGAUAUUGGGUUUACUUUGCAAUAGGGACUGCAGCUUGUUGUACAGAUGAUUUCUUUCAGUAACAAAGUUGGUGGCCUUGAAAAAAAGAGAAUUUUCUUAGAAGGCACAUUCUGCUUCAAGUUUCAUGUUGCUGACAGUUCCUGUUUCCUCUGACAAUGUUUGUGACUAUCCAAGUAGGUUUCAGCAUGCUUUUUGGUGACUUUAGAAGAGCUGCAGGAACCUAUUCAGAAUCUGUGCUCUUGCAUAGCAACUGUGGCGCACCAUGUUUCCACUGAAGUACCAGUUUUAUACCAAACCUACCUGUAAAGAGGUCACAUUGACCUUCCCCCAUUUCAGAGCUGGCUGCUGUACACAGGGACAUUCAACAUCCAGACUGGAUGUCAGUCAGACUGACUGGCAAACAGGUAAUUUUGGACAACUGACCCUUACUAGCUCACUCUGGGAGCAAUCUGAAGUCUACCUGGAAGGGGGUUAUAAGGCACCUUGUUUCAUCAAAACAAGGACCAGCUACAUCAGAUGAUUAAAGUCAACAUCUAAAAGGGUAGGAAGAGAGGUCAAAACCAGUUUCAAUUAAGGUUUUAGAAAAUAAUAAUAAAAAAGUAAAACCAAAGAAGUUUGAUACAGACUUUUAUCUACAUUUUUAUUACAGUGAGAUGAACAAAAUAAGCAAAUUGAGUAAAAUGUAAUGAACAUUGCCUGAUAGCAUUCUUAGACAUUUCACAUGUGCUUUUGACAACUGCCUUCUUCUAAAUGCCUCUGGGAGAUGAAUUGUAAUUACAACAGAUGUAGGAAUUCACCAAGGCUCUUCUGAGAAACAGUGUCAUUUCAGAGGCAUGCUGGUAUGAAUUCAGAGUACUUGAAAACAGUGCUUGCUCUGUAAACAAAUACUAAAUAGUUUUGCUAUCGCUUUCCUUUCUAGAACUUUCAAAACAGAUUUUAAUUGUUAUAAAAUUAAUCUAUCUGCUUAGAAUAGAGUACUGUUUCUCCUACAGCAUAUUUUCCUUUCAUGAAUAACUAAAUUAAUUCUUAGUUAAUGAAAUAAAUCUUGCAGGAUAAAUCUGCAUUUAAUAUUUUAAACGAGAAAUUUGCAUUAUGAAUUUGUAAAAGCCCUUUUAAAUUCAAUUUAAGUCUUAUCUUUUAUGUAUGGCUUAAAGACGACAAAGAAUAGACUGCAAGAACAGGAAGGUCAUCAUCAAAGUCUAAAGUAAAGAGUUAGCUUAUUUAGUACUGGAUUUAAGAAGCAAUUUUUUUCCCUAAGAAUUGCUCCACUACUCUUAAAAAAUAAAAUUUUUUCUACUGGUUGUUAAGCCCUUGCUGGUAUUGAGAUGAUUUGCGUGUGAGUUAUAAAGACAGUCUCUGUGAACCAUUUUCAUGAAUACAUUAAAGUAAAUGGCAUUAGUGAUGCCAGCUCACACAAACUGUAAAGAAAAAGACAAAAGCUAAGCCUUGCUAUUUUCAGCACAAGUUUGAAACUCACGCAGUAGGACUACAUUUCCCUUGCACUUCUAUCUUUCCUUGGUUCCUUGCACAAACAUAAAUGAACAGGUUUACUUCAUGUACACCUUGGCACUUCCAUCUCAGCAAGGCAGGGUCACGCUGCAGAGGGCGUGUGCUGUGUGA